AUGGACUUUGUCCUGGUUGGCACACUGCUACUUGCCUUCCUUUGCAUUGGACAGAGUUACACUGAGGGGACAGAACAGACCAGUUCUGAUCAACAAUGUCAUGAUAAGUGCCAACCUGGAUAUCAUAGCGAAGUUAGCGAUGUGAAAAUACAUCCCUGCACCUCUACCAGUGAUGUGUUGUGUGACUGUAAAGAUAGAUAUUACAAUGAGAGGAGGAAUGACACGAAAAUUGGGUUCCACCCUGAUGUUGUGAAGAACUGCCUGCCAUGCCCCUGUAUUGGGAAAGGUAAAAAGACAGAUUCCAGCUGUGGGGAUUUUGAGAAGUGUAAGAAAAACCCAGAAUGCAAGAGGAAAUGUAUAUCAGCAACAACUAGACCCAUACCUACAACUACGACAUCGCCAAACAAACCAUCGAAUCCUGCGGUUUAUGAACUUAAAGAUGACUCAGCAAGCUAUUUGAUCUUGAUGAAUUUCGGAUUGUCCAUGGUGAUAGUUGCGGUGCUCUUUUGGAUCAUGUUCUCCAUCAUCUUCAUGAGGAACUGGCUCAGAGGCUCAGAUAGUUGUCCUUGCUGGUGCCCAAAUAAAGACAUGACGCCGCCUGCAGAGGACCCCGAAUUCAAUGAACAACAGAGUCAUCAAGGCUGUAGCUCGACCACAAUGACAUUUAACAGUGAGGAAACUCCCAUGAUGACUUUCAGUCAGAGUCCAGAACAUCCAGCCCACAUCAGUCCUUCAGUGGCAGACACUGAACACAAAGCUACCAGACAAAAGGAGCAAUCAGAGCACUGGCCGGCCAUCGUCCUCUAUGCAAUUAUUAAGGAGGUUCCCCUGCGUAGGUGGAAGGAGUUCCUGCGGCUGCUCUCGUUGGCAGACCAGCAGCUGGAGCGGGUGGAGUUGGAGGCUGGCAUGGGCCUUGGUUUUACCGAGAGGCAGUACCAGAUGCUGAGACUGUGGAGCCAGCGUUCCUCUGCGAGCCUGAGCGAUAUCUUCUCUGCCUUACACUACAUGGAUUUAUCUGGUUGUGCCCAGCUGCUGCAGGAAAGCCUGGAGAAGCUGCAGUGGCAGCCUGAACCGAUGCAAAGUUUGACUGCAUGCACAAACCAUGGUUUCAGUGGGGCAAUGCAGGACACCUGA